GCGGGGCCGCGCGCCGGGUCGGGGGGCGGGGAGGCGGGCAAAAUGGCGCUGAGCGAGUGAUUGUCCUGGAUCCCCCAGCGGCUGGAGCGACGCCGGGGCGAGGGUUAGAUCCUCACUGCCCAUCUUCCUCGCUUCCCUGCCCCCGAAAGUCUCUCCUUCGCUUCUUCCCUCCACGUUGGGGGGCGGGCCAGAUUCUCGGGACAACAUGUCGGACUCUGAGGAGGACAGCCAGGACCGGCAACUGAAAAUCGUCGUGCUGGGGGACGGCACCUCCGGGAAGACCUCCUUAGCCACAUGUUUUACUCAAGAAACUUUUGAGAAACAGUACAAACAGACUAUAGGACUGGAUUUCUUUUUGAGAAGGAUAAUUUUGCCAGGAAAUUUGAAUGUUACUCUGCAAGUUUUGGAUAUAGGAGGGCAGACAUUAGGUGGAAAAAUGUUGGAUAAAUAUAUCUAUGGAGCACAGGGAAUCCUCUUGGUGUAUGAUAUCACAAAUUAUCAAAGCUUUGAGAAUUUAGAAGACUGGUAUUCUGUGGUGAAGAAAGUGAGUGAGGAGUCAGAAACUCAGCCACUGGUUGCAUUGGUAGGCAAUAAAAUUGAUUUGGAGCAUAUGCGAACAGUAAAACCUGAGAAGCACUUACGAUUUUGCCAGGAAAAUGGUUUUAGUAGCCACUUUGUCUCAGCCAAGACAGGAGACUCUGUCUUCCUGUGUUUUCAGAAAGUUGCUGCUGAAAUCCUUGGAAUCAAGUUAAACAAAGCAGAAAUAGAACAGUCACAGUACCAGGGAUUGAACUCACAACCACCUGCUUGCAAGGCAGAGGGUGGUGAAGGCAGACAUUGUAAACUACAACCAGGAUCCCGUGUCAAGGGCUGCCAACCGGCCUAGGAGCUCCAUGUGUGCGCUUCAGUGAGGUUUUCCUCCCACCUGCCAGGCUGCCUGCCUCUCCCUCCAUGGGCCCGGCUGUCCAGGAACUGGCUGGAUCAGUGACUCUUCAUCCACCCCUUCAUCAGCAAGUAUUGCCCAGCACCGCAGGCAGCUCUGGACUGGAAGCAUUUCAACGUGGGCACCACGCACUUGAAAAUCAAAACGGGACGCCCCUGGUCUGGAAUUAGACUGCUUCACUGAGAAAAUAUGAUGCUGGCCCUUUAUGUCCUUGCUUCUUUUCCCCGAUGUGAGAUUUUAAAACCAAAUAUGAAACUGUCCAAGUCUUCAUCAUUGCCAGGAUAUUGCCAUUGCACAGUUUAAUUUUCUUAUCUGAAUUCAUGUAUGUCACACUAUGCUUCAGAGUGCAAAUACUGAAAUAAUAUAUUUUACUUACCGUUACUUAAAGAGGCAUUCUUUUGUUGUCUAUUCGAGUGAAAACUUAAAAGCUGUAUCUAACUGAAAAUGCUUGAAAUAAGUUGUAACAGAAAUAUUUUUUCAUUUUUAAAAAAGAGGCCUAAAUUGUUUAUAUUAUAGUUUAUAACUCACAAAGUAGUAUUUGAUAUUGUAUUUUUAUUACUGUAUCAUGGUCAUUGCAUAUUGUAUUAUACUUCGCUUAAAUGGCUUUAUGAAUUUUAAUAAAUGUUGAGCUGAUA